CACAGGUCAAACGUUCACUAGCACUCAUGAUGAAGCUCACCCCAGGCCUGCAAUACAUCGCCCAGUUGCUUGUUGCCGUCGUCGCGCCUGCCACAGCCCUCGUUCUCGUCGCAUAUCGGUUCGGCGCGCUCAGCAUCCUUCCCACAUGGCAGACUUGCGCUCUCCUCGCAGCCGCAGUGCCGCUAGCCUUCUUCCUCAAGGUUUCAUUCGACAGGUUCUUGCAGCGUCGCCGAGCGGAGGCGCUGGGAGCGCGUUUGGUGCCAUGCGUGAAGGGGAGAUGGAUUGGGAACGUGGACAUCUUGAGGAAGUUCCUGCAGAAAGCCGAAGAAGAUUACAUGUGCUCGUAUCCUGAGGAGCUGAGCAAACAACUCGGGAAAAUCUUCAAUUUGCGCUUUCUAUGGGACGACGUUAUCUUGACCUCUGAGCCAAGCCAUGUCAAGACGAUGCUCGCGACUGAUUUUGCUAACUGGGUAAAGGGUGAACAGCUCGACAAAACGAUAAAAUCAGUCCUCGGUUCUGGCGUGUUCAACUCUGACGGUGACUUGUGGAAGCUUCACCGCUCAAUGACGCGCCCGUUCUUCACGCAUGACCGCAUUGGGCACUUCGAUAUUUUCGAUGCUCACGCUGAAACUGCCAUCCGCAUCGCCAAGGACCGGCUACGCGAAGGCCAUCCUAUCGACUUCCAGGACCUCAUCUCGCGCUUCACACUUGACUCUGCCACCGAAUUUCUCUUCGGUGACUGUUCUCAUACCCUUCAAACGUCCCUUUCCUACCCGUUCAAUGCGAACCUCACUGCCGAGGAGCAGGAAGAUCGCAAGCAGGGCCGCGGAACGGAGCUGUUUUCGGAGGCAUUUGGACAGGCACAACUCGCGCUCUCGAAGAGGAUGGCCUUUGGCGGGACAUGGCCGCUGUUCGAGAUGCUGGAGGACAAGACGGAUGAGCCGAUGAAGAUCGUACACGAGUUCUUGGAGCCGAUUGUGGCUGAGGCUAUCGCAAAGCGGGAGACGGAGGGCGAUGCCGGUAAGCGCGGCAGUACGGAGAAGAUGGAAGUGCAGGAAGGGGAUACGUUGUUGGAUCACUUAGUCAGGCUCACCACUGACCGAGUCGUACUCAGAGACGAGGUCUUGAACAUCAUGAUUGCGGGGCGAGAUACGACAGCUUCCACUCUUACCUCUGCCAUCUAUUUCAUGGCGAUGUACCCGCACGUCAUGGAUCGCCUGCGUGAGGAGGUGCUGACCAGAGUCGGCUCCUCCCGUCGCCCCACAUAUGACGACAUUCGAGACAUGAAAUACCUUCGGGCUAUUCUCAAUGAAACGCUCAGACUAUUCCCUGCGGUGCCGUUCAAUGCCCGCCAAACCACCAAGGAUACUACUCUUCCGUCUCCUGAACCCGGUGAAAAGCCCAUAUUCGUCCCUCGGAAUACUAUGGUCAUGUAUUCCGUGAUGAUGAUGCACCGCCGUAAGGACUUAUGGGGGCCCGAUGCUGACGAAUUCGAUCCCGACCGCUUCCUGGACGAGCGUCUCCACAAGUAUCUUGUACCUAACCCGUUCAUCUUCCUUCCAUUCAACGCUGGCCCGCGUAUCUGUCUCGGCCAGCAGUUCGCAUACAACGAAAUGUCCUUCAUGCUCAUUCGCCUCCUUCAAAACUUCUCGCGCAUCGACCUCGCGUCCGACGCACUCCAUCCCGAUGCCCACCCUCCCGCGCAUUGGAAGAAUGGCCUUGGACGCGCGCCCAUUGAGAAGUUUCAGCCAGCCACACGUUUGACGCUGUUUGCCAAGGGAGGGAUGUGGGUGAGGAUGACGGAGGCUGAGUAGGUUACUAUGUGAAGGCUAUCUUUCUUUAUCCCGACAAUACUAUAUAUUAUAUC